AACUCGUUCCGCCCACACUUCGUGACGCUUCAUGUUGUCAAUUCAACUACCAAAACACUGGCGGCUGUAAACUUUAUUUUCACCUAAAGAUCAGAAAGUCAAUCGAACGCGUUUUUUUUCAUGUAGACAUGCGAUUGGCGAGCGCGGUGCGGGGAGACAGAUGGAGUGGGAAAGAGAAUCGGUGUGACCUUCUGAUUUGGGGGUGACAUGGGGCGGUUUAUCGCGUGUGGCCGCCGAUUUGAAGAGCAUCUGAGUUUGAGUCGGAAUAGAGUGGGGUCAGAGAGGUAGGCAAACUGGGGAGGGCCAGGAGGCUGAGAGACACACUGCCCAGCAAUGGGGACGGGACAGAAGCUAAGCAGUUUCAGAGCCAUGUAAGGCCGACUCCUCCCGGAUUCAUCCACUUGGGAAAAACCAGGGUCACCGGGAGGAGGAGCAGGGUGGAUAAAUGAUGGAAAAACUCGCAGUAUUGGAGAAUAGCCCUCAAACUGGGAAUAGAUGACACAGCUCCUCCGGUACAAGGACCUAAGGGGGAUUUUCAUCACGAGGGGGCAAGAUACAACUGAAGACUUUUCUACAUCCAAGAGAUUUUAAACAUUAUCUCAGCAACUAAUACACUUAAUUUUCCCGACCUCAGUCAUUUAACAAAAGCAGGCGGAAUACCUGAAUUGCGUGAUGUGGAGCUGCUUUUAAAAGAAAAUAAUUUGACAUUUGCACGCUUAAUUUUGAAGAAGCCGUCCUUGGUAAGUUAGGGAUGACAGUCUAGCGGAGAGCUCCGGAUACAGUUUGGCGAAGACACAGCCAACACUUACUUGGGUGUGGAGCGUUUACUGGAACUGCAAGUUUACAAGUCAACGCUAACUCCAACUGAACUGGAAAUUUAAACCAAUUCAGGACGGCACUGCCAAGAAACAUUGGCGAAUGAACGGGAGGCGAAGAGGAAAACAGUUCGCUUCGCAGCGCAGUUUUUGGAUGUGUGCUGGCAGUGGGAACACGCGGGGACAGAGAGCGCCUGCAUUAUACACCAGGAGACAUCCGCACUAACAGUUAGAGAAUCAGGAUUCAUCCAGAACUGGAGGCAAAACAGCUCAGUCAAACUGGUGGUAAUUUAACGCGGAAACCAGGAGUAUUGGCUCACAGCCAGAACUGGGCGCGUCGGCUUCAAUGAAUCUUACCUUCGCACCCAUUCAGCUUUCCAGGCCUGUGAUUUACACACUUGAGAAGGACGUCACUUGGAGAUGCGUGGUCAGGGAAAGAUUUAAAAAGAUGUGAACUGCUGGUUGCCAAUACACAAUGCACCUGCUCGAUGGAUGUCAUAGGAGACAGAUACCAGUGCUUCUCAGCAUGAUCUAUCUUAUACUUGGUUCGACCAAAGAGAUGGGUGCUUCAGGUAUUUUUUCAGAUUACUUAUCCAAAGUUUUGCGUCGUCAUACAGAGCAAGCUUGUGAUGGUGCCCACCUAAACCUAUAUUGCCCUCGAGAUACAACAAUAAGUAUACAGUCAGCAUUCUAUGGACGUAAGGUGCCAAGUUCCCUCUUGUGCCCUGGUUUACAACCCAGAAGUAGAGCGGAAGAAAAUCUAAACUGCACAGCACCAACCACUUUACAGAAAAUACUGGAUGAAUGCCAGGAUCAGCAAUCCUGCCAGCUUCUCGUCAAUAGACGUGUUUUUGGACUUGACCCUUGUCCAGGCACUAGCAAAUACCUCCUUGUGUCCUAUAAAUGCAAGCCAAAUAAGUAUAAAAGCAAAGUAGCCUGUGAGGGGAAAGAACUUAAACUUCGCUGUAAAAACUCUACAUUGAUCAACAUCUAUUCUGCAACAUACGGCAGAAUGAUGAAUGGAGAUAAGGCUUGCCCUUCAAACCAUAAGCUGCCUAAUAUAGAAUGUUUAUCACACACUGCCCUGGAAGUUGUAUCUACAACUUGUUACGGUAAACAAAACUGUAAAAUUAUCGCUAGUAGCCACUAUUUUGGAGACCCUUGUUUUCCUGGAAUGCAGAAGUAUCUCAGUGUCAUCUAUGUAUGUGUUUCCAAAUUGUUACUACAGGAAGCUGAUCCAAAUUUCUCUGGUCUUGCACCUUCAUGGGUUUAUAAUGAAAAUGCCAAUAAAUCCUUGGGCCCUCAAGAAAACAGCUUUUCUUUGAAAGAAGGCAAAAUUGUUAUCAGCACCCUGGUUACAUUUGCUUACAUCAAAAAUAAUCCAGAAAUGGUUGGUUUGUUGUUUAUAUCCAGUGUCUGCAUUGGCUUAAUCUUCACACUGUGCGUAUUAGUGAUUCGAGUGUCCUGCAGACCAGAUCUACAAAAGAUUUGCAACAAGAAUUCUGAUGAUAGGAAGGUGGAUUGUUGUCAGGAUGAGGGUGGAAAUGAGGGCAACAGUAAUGAUGAUGAAGAUGAAAGCAGUGAUGAUAAUGAAGAAAGCUCCUUGGACUUCACCUUUGAAGGAUUAACAAAAUUUUACAGCAUGACAGGAUCCAACAACACAGAAGCAGCAGAGAUGGCUGAACGCAUUGAGCGUCGAGAUAGGAUAAUACAAGAAAUCUGGAUGAAUGGAGGUUCAGAACUGCCUGUGAUAAGGAAUCUUAACCAGUAUUAUUGAUAACUAGAGAUAUGAAAAUCAUUGGUGUAGAUUUUGGCAAUUAUGAUAACUACAAAAUACUUUUUAAAAUUUUUAUUUCCAUUGAUCACUUUAGUAAUGGGUUCCUUCUAUGAAGGAAAUUAUUUUUGUAAAAUGUGUUAAGUAAAGUUACAAAUGAAUAUUUUUUAACAGGGUGACGUCUUUAACCAAACCUCAACUUCCGAGAAAGCACUGUGAACAAUGCAUUUAGUUUACUGUAAGUUUAAAGUUUCAAAACACUGUGCAAAUCCAAACAUCUCAAUAUUGGAUCAGGUUAGUCUUGCAUCAUUGCCAUUCUAAAGCUGAGUUAUUCCAUCUUUGAUCAAAUCAGAUUCCUUAGAUUUAGUGAUGGGAAUGUUACUCAUAGUCUGAAUAGCAGCAACAAAAGGCAAAUGAUUAGUGAAUACUUUCAGUGUACCAUGUCUUUACAAUCAAUUUGAGCUUUCUACUAAAAAUAUUGUUAUGAUCGUAAGAAAUCAUCUUUGAAUAUUUUCAAUAUAUCUAAUUCCAAAAGGUAACAAUGUAAAUAUUGAUUCUUCCAGUCUACUUCUUUUGUAAAAAAAUGCCACUUUUCUUUUCACUAGUUGAGAUUUGAUGAUAAUACUUUUGAUUGAGGAGGUAAAACACCUAUUGACAUUUAAGUAUCAUAUAUCCACAAUGUGUAUGUCAUGUUGAAUUAUAUAAAGUGCAGAUGCUGCUAAAAGUGGUUUAAAAGGAUAUAUUUAUAACCAAAACUUAUAUUUUGUUCUUUUUGUAAAAUGUACAUCUAACAAAUUGAGAGUAUUAUUUAUCAAAUGGUAUAUGGAAAAAUUUAUCCAGUAUUGUCUUCUGCGUUAUCCAAUACUGAACAAACAUAUGAGUUGAGAGCAGAAGUCCUUCAAGGCAACUCAAUCAUUCAAUAAAAUUAUGGCUCAUCUGUUGUGCUUUGAAUUCCACAUUCCCUGCUAUGACUGUUAACCGUGUGUUUCCUUGACAAACAAAAAUCCAUUAACCGCCACCUUAAAAAUACUCAAUGACUCUACCUCAAACUCCACCAGAGGCAGAGCGUUCCAAAGCUAGACAACCUCUAAGGAAAGAAAAAUUGCUACAUCUCUGUACCAGAAGAGUGACUCUUUUCAAAUGCUGUCCCCUAGUCCUGGAGUCAUGGACAGGAGGAAACAUCCUUUCUAAGUCUGUCUUCUCAAGGCCGUUCAGGAUCUUGUGUACAUCAACCACAUCUCCUCUCACUCUUCUAAUCUCCAGUAGAUACAGGCCCAGUCUAUCUAACCAUUUCUCAUAAGACAACCUUCCAGCCAUCAAUCUUGUAAAUAAAAACAAAAUACUGCUGGAGAUAAGAAAUGAAAUAAAGACAUGCUUUAAAACUCAGCAGAUCCAGCAGCAUCAGUGGAUAGAGAAGCGGAGUUAAUACUUUGAGUGUAGCAUGACUCUUGUUCAGCACUGAAGUGUUUUUUGCUGUUGACAAAGAAUGGGGAGUGGGGGGAUAGUGGCGAGUGAGUAGAACAGAUGGUAAGUUUGGUCUUUAUUUCAAAAGAAAUGGAGUAUAAAAAUAAGGAGGUCUAAGACCUACAGAAGGCAGUAAUCAGACCACAGUUGGAAUACUGUGAAUUGUUUUGUUCCAUUUUAUCUAUGGAAAGAUAUACUGGCAUUGGAGGUAGUCCAGAGAAGUUACACUCGACUGAUGACAGGCAUGGAGAAAUUUUCUUUUGAGGAGAGGUUGAGUAGGGUGGCUUGUACUCAUUGGAGUUUUUAUUGAACCAAAAAAGAUGCUUGGUUGGGGGGUGGGGGCAGAGCUUGACAGCGUUGAUGUUUUCCCCUUGGAGUCGUAUGGUACAGACUCGGAAACAAACAGGCACCACUUCUGCACUCAUAAUCAUAUAUAUUGAACAACAGAAAAAUAGAUGGUUCCAUAAAUUUGACACAUUAUUUUCCAAGAAAUUGUUGGAUACAUAAAAUUAUAAAGAGGGAAAGCUAUUAUAAUUGUUCAAUUCUGAUUCUGCACACAAACAAUUUAAGUAGAACUUGACAGUUAACAAUCAGUACAAUAUUUUUAACAGCAUCUUAUUGAAGAUUUAAUAAAAUUAGUAAAGCAAAUCAACACAUUAUCGGGCUUGAAAUUGAGACACGUUCUAAUUUUAUUUGUAACUUUAUGAAGCAAAUAUUUUAGUACAAGAUGUUCAAAUGGAUAAUUACAUUAUUCUUCCAAAUUGUCAACACUCAUUUAAAGAUUUUUUUUUUAAAUGGUGAAUAAUGUAAAAAUGCCAAGUCUGAAUUAUAGUUAUACACUCAAUGAUAUCCAUUGGGCUUGAUUAAGUAAGCUUAACUUUUUAAUGUUAGAAAUUUGGGGAAUUUAAGAUUCUGCAAGAGGGCCAAAUUCAUUCUUCAACUUUUGUAGCAGAUUAUUUGAAAUGACUAUAAUGCAGGAUGAAAUAUGUCCAUUUUAUAUUCUACUUCUGUUCUUUUCGGCCAAGUGAAAGCAUGUCCAUGAAAUCUCCCAUCUUAAAGACUGAGUCAAUUUCAUUCCGCAAUUUUUAGAAUUGUCUAAGUUUUCCUACUGUCCCAUUUGAUUGCUGUUCAGUGUUCUUCUAAAUGCAGGAUGUAUUUUAGACUAGAUGACUUCAGAUGAAAGCAGGAUAGUCUUGUCAAAGCUUGCAUCAAGGGAACAUUAAUAUUUAUGGUCAAAGCUCAUACAUGAAGAAUGGACAUUUCGAUAAGGUGCUAUAAAAUAAUCAGUGCCCAGAAAAUAAGCAUAAAAUAAGGCUGCUUUCAAAAAAGAAAGAAAGAGUAAGGAAAAAUUUUCUUAUGUCAGGUAUGUUCAGAAUUAAAUUACAGUUCACUUCUCCAGAUCAGAGAUAUUUAGUUUUGGCACAUACUAAAAAGUAUUCUAACACAUAUAUGCAUUUCGAAUACAUGUAUACAUUUUGAAUACUGUGCAUGAAAAUAGGAACAAGAGUUCCUAUUCAGCCCUUCAAGUGAUUUUCUCACUCAAGUAGAUCAUAAAGGAUCUGUAUCACAAUUUUAUUUAACUACUUUAAUUGCAUGAUCUCUUAAUACAAUAUCCAUUUUCAGCUUCCUUACUCUUGCUGAGGAUUAGAUGCAAAACUGCAGUAGUCAUUUCUACUAUGAGUAACAUUUUUGCAAUUAGGUUUUACUGCUAACAAUGGAAUGAUAGUAAAGUCCCAAACUUACACAGUCCAAAGCUAGAAAUCCACUUCUUCAGAAGAGUACAAAAACAGAAGUUCCCAUUCUGAGGAAGGGUCACCGGACCCGAAACGUUAACUCUGAUUUUUUUCAUCACAGAUGCUGCCAGACCUGCUGAGCUUUUCCAGCAACUUCUGCUUUUGCUCCUGAUUUACAGCAUCCACAGUUCUUUCGGUUUUUCGUCAGAAGAGUACCCUGGAGAUGUAAACAUCUUGUUGGUGACUGCCUGUUAAUGUCUGUCUGCCUGAGAGUUACUAUCCUCUCGCUAGGAUCAUCUGCCACUUCCAUCAUGCCUGACUUUGUAUACGUAGAGAGACAUGAGACAAAGUUGAUGAUACCAUCAUCUAGAUUAAGUGAUGACCUGAUGUGAGGUAUAGAGUAUUCCCAUUGUUGUGCAAUACCAGCUGCUUGGAGGAAUAAGUGAGUGCUGAAGAUAUUCUGGAAAAUAAAUGACCCUUGACCGCAUUUAAAACUAAAGUGUGAGGCUUUCAGUGACUCAGAGAUGCUAACACUGUCACAGAAGUUUUGCAUUUACCUUUUGAUGUCAUUACCUAAUAAAGAUCGAUGACUCUCAGUUUUGACAGUUUCAAUUGGUCUGGCCACAAUUGGUCUGGAAUUCUUGAGUGGGGAAUUCCACAUUUCCUCUACUGUAUAUCAUAUAAUACUUCUGGCCUGUAUUAAUCUGAUGAAUCUGUGCAGCAUCUCUUCCAAGGCAAGGUGGAUUACACUGCAAUAUUUAGUGCUAAAUGUACUCCAGAUGCAGUCGAAACAAGCUGUGUAAAUUCUGUUCUACUGUAACAGUCCUAAGUACUAUUCGUGGGCCUUACACUGGAGAUAUAGAUGUUUGAUGAGAAAUAUUAAUAAGCCUCAUGAAAUGUAGGAAACUAUUAUCUCAAUGUUCCCCAGAUCUCAAAACAACAAGUUGAUUGCUGGUUAUGGGCUCCUUUGCAAUCUGAACCUGCAGCGUUCCACAGGGAGUUUAUUUAGUCGCUUUCUUUGCUGCAAUCAUGAGAAGGAGAAGCACACCAUCUUCCCUAUUGAUGCUGCAAUAUGAUUCUAUUUGCCAGUGAUCAGGAGAAUAGGCCUCAAUUAAAUAGAAAUAUUCUGAACUCACUCCCUGUCCAACUUAUUGCCCUAUGAAAGUUGCAAUCCAGUUGACCUCACUUAGAUAGUUGCCAUGACCUUCAAUAUUUCAUUCAAUGCUCAUAUAUUGAGUUGACUGCCAUGCCUGGAUCUUUCGUGAUGUGGCAAAGUUUUCCAGAUGCUUAAGCAGUUGUUAUGCCCCGCAAUAAUUUAUAUCAAAACCAAUCAUUCUCCUUUGUUUGAAAGGAAAAUUCCAAGUUCAUUUACAGGCACACCUCAUGACCAAAGUAAUGGCCACGUUACUUCUGUUGUCAUUAGUAGAUGAAGGAUGACACAGAUCCAAAAAUCACACCUUUGUGGGAGCCGUCUCUAACGUGUGGGGCUUGGUGUAAAGCUAUGUUUACAUUCAAGGAUGUAAACUUGAUGCAGCAUAACCUGCUGAGAAUUUUCAGCUUUUUUUUGUUGUUAUUUCAGAUUUUCCAGUGUCAACAGUAUUUUGCCUUUGUAUUGUGCGGUGGGUAAAUGCUCCUUGUAAUGGUAUUCAACCAAAUAAACUAAAACAUACCUGCCCAAGGACAGCCUUUGAGUAUUGUUUACUUGAGUAUCCAGGGCUAGCAAAUUAUUAGUCAAUAAAAAAAGCUCCAUUCUGCAGUAUUUUGCAGUAAUUGUUGUUAUAAAUAAUGCUUGUUUGGACGUCUGUGAGAUGAUUUCAUCUCAUCAGUCAAUCUGGCUUGAUAAAUGAAUUCACAGAGAUUAUAUCUGGCUGCUAGUUCUGGAGAAAUGAUAAAUAAAUUGAACAUGCUUUCCCCAGAAAUGUUUAACAUCCACAUAUUUUGGAUUGUGAAUUAUGGUGAAUAUAUGAUCCUGCUCAACUGCAUCAACUUCCACUGUUGCACAGUUUUUCAACAAUCACCAUUUAAUCAAUGCAUCAUCACUGAAUUGCUAGUGGCUUCUAUAUCUCCAGUUAGUUGUAUAUGUAGAUGAUUUGGAGAAGAAUCUGAUUCAGUAAAAUUAAUCUGAGAACUUCCAGCUCAAUAAUAGGCUCUGUAAGUAUAAUGUAACUCCUCUCCUGCCUCCAAUAAUCUGGAACAAUUAGUCAGUACUUCCAUCUAAGUACUUUUACAAGUGGAGUAAUCUGUUUGUGCUGUCU